GUUUGUCUGGUCAUAUUCAAAGUCUUUCCUCUUUUUUUCUGAACUCUGCUCGGCCCUGAAGUUGAACUGCCACAUGUCGGAGGUUUGUUCCACCUCCUCCUCCUCCUUGACCGUUCUCCAGUUCUUGCUUUCUGUUCCUCAUGAGUGAGAAAAAGUCUGGAAAAUCUGAGAGGAGAGAAAAAACAUGCUCACGGCGGAGCCUCUGACUUUUCCUUUCAGUGUGAGCGAGCGAGAGAAGGAGGCAGCAGCACACACACCGUGCAGCCGUUGGCAGCCUGCGGUACUUCCUCAUCCUGACGGCCGUUUGGAGACAGACAACGGUCGCUAAUAUCGCUUCUCUUUUUGCCCUCGGAGUCUCUGAGAGCGCCGCAGAGGACGGAUAUUUUGGUCAGUUGUGCUUCAGGGCUGUAAGGCAGAGGGCAGGCUGUAGGACUGCAUCCAGGACACGUGUAGUUAGCUGAGGGGCAGUCAUGAUGAAAGCGGGCGCCACCAAGGUGGGGCUGCCCAAGCCGGGACUCCAGGAGCGGGCCAGGCACGCCUCCCUGACCACCUCCUCCUCCUCCACCACCUCGACAGCCAUGAAGACCUCCAGAUCCUCCAACAUGCUGGCCUCAGAGCAGCGCCUCAGCAGACUGAAGAGAGCGAGCAGUGAUGACGCCCUGACGAAGCCUGCGCUGGGAGCUGCUGCCUCUGCGUCCCGCAUGAAGAAGACGGUGACGACUGGAGCGAUUUCAGAUCUCGCCGAGGCUCGCCCUCGGAGCCAGUCUGGUGCACAAACAACUAAGAAGUCUGGUAUCCCAGCUCCUCGAGAAAUCCCUUGCACUAUAACAAGAGACCGCACGUCUCUGAGGGAGCAGCUGAGGAGCUCUAGCACUAAGAGGAUGGUUUCCAGUGCCAGCACUUCCAGUCUCUCCACCCUGGCAAAGCAGACACGUGCAUCAACAAAGUCCCGGGCAGAUGCAGAGGGCCAAGAAAGGGGCCUCUUGGAGUGUCAGGUGAAAGAGCUGCUGGCCGAGGCCAAGGCUAAAGACUUAGAGAUCAGCAACCUGAGGAUGGAGUUACAGCGCUGCAAAGGUAGAGCCUCCACUGCUUCCCCUUCUACUUCACCCAGCUCUGUCUCGUGGCAAGAGCCUUCUGCUGACAGAGAGCAGGGGCAGGUGGCAGAGGCGCUCGUGCUGGUUGGGGAGUUGAGGGAGAAGAACGGGAAGUUUCAGAGAGAGCUUGCAGCGCUGAGGGAGGAGAACCAGGUGCUGAAGGAGAAGCUGCUCAGCGUGGAGGCCUCUCCUCUCUCCUGCACAAACACAGACAGUCCCUCCAAACUGUUGGUUAAUGGCCUGCCCUCAGACUCCAACUCCUCUGCUACCCAACAGGACAGUCUCACUUCAACUGUCAGACCUCUCAAAAUGUCGGCCUCCUCCGACUCAGAUGUCACCAAAGACUCACCAUCACCCGACUCCUCCGAGUUUGAGAAGAUCCCAUCACGUUCAGAAUCGGUGAGCAGCGGUGUGAGUGGUGAGGCCAAUGUGGCGGGGAGAGUCACCAAUGCCAGGGGGUCGGAUGUUUCAGUAAAAAGCCUGACAGAACAGAUUCAUAAGAUGGAGGAAAGCCACCACAGCACAGCUGAGGAGCUGCAGGCAACUCUGCAGGAGCUGGCUGACCAGCAACAAGUGGUGCAGGAGCUGACGGCCGAGAAUGAGCGCCUGGCAGAGGCCAAGCGUCUCCUGCAGGCCUCACUUCAACAGCAGAGAGAGCGUGUUGAAGUGAUGACCCAGAAAAAUGAGGCACUGGCUGGUCGGCUUCAGGAGCAAGCCCAGGCUCAGGCCCAGAGGGAGGAGGAGCUCGGAAGCCAAGGGCCUCGUCUGGCCGAGCUGGAGCAGAGGUAUGCUGAGCAGAUCGAGAGCUCGCGAUUCGAACGGGAGAAGCUGGUGGACAUCCAGCAGCAACUGACCGGCAGCCUGCGGGAUCUGGAGGGGGAGCACCAAGAGGCCCAGGGCCAGGUGCGCUGUCUCAGGGAAGAGAUGGACAGGCUGCAGGCCCAGCUGGACGGGGAGCUGGAGGCCCGGGGUCAAGCAGCACAGGCUGCGGAGGAGCAAAAGGCAACAGCAGACUCUCUCAGACUGGAAAACAGCAGGCUGAAGGCACAGGUGGACAUAGAGAGGCAAAAAGUGUCUGAGCUGAAGGCCAUGCAGAGUGCCAGUGACACCACUGAGGUGCAAAACCUGCUGAAAACAGCCCACACUGAGAGAGACAGGCUGGAGAUGGAGCUGACCGAGCUGAGGCAGGAGCUGCUACAGGCCCAGGCCACCACUGAGCAUGUGCGAGCAACAAUGUCCAAGGUGGAGGCCAAAUGCCAGCAGGUGACGGAGCGAGCAGACAAGAGGGAGCAGGAGCUCAGCAGCCGAGUGACUUCUCUGGAGGAGGCGGGGCUUCAGGCUGAGAACCAGCUGAAGGAGCUGAAGGAGACCAUCUUUGAGCUGGAGGACCAGGUGGAGCAGCAGAGGGCCGUCAACUGCCACACCAACCAAGCUGUUCUGGACAUGGAGAAUCUGGUCAAAAAGCUGGAGGAGCAGAAGACAGACUCAGAGCGACACCUGAAGAUGCUUACUCGACAGAUUAAGGAUGAAAAAGAGGAGUGGCGUCGCUUCCAGGCCGACCUGCAGACGGCGGUGGUGGUUGCUAACGACAUCAAGGUGGAGGCUCAGCAGGAGCUGCGUGCACUCAGGAGGCAGCUGCAGGAGGAGCAGGAUCGCAGCGCCAAGCUUUCCACGGACCUCGAGGCCCUGCAGGGAGUCAGGUCCCAUGGUGACGAGGUGAGGGGGCCCGACUCCGAUAACAGCCGUCACUGGUGCGGCAUCUCCAUGAUCCCGACCACACCCACGGACACCAGCGCGGACGCCGACUCAGAGCCCGGAGCUACUGUCAAAUCCCUCAUAAAGUCCUUUGAUACUGGACAGAGUGGACCUGCCCACACAGUUCAGAUGCCGUCCUCCCAAAGAAGUCCGCUGAGUGGGAUCCCUGUACGCACUGCACCGGCUGCUGCUGUCUCCCCCAUCCAGAGGCAGACGUUCAUAAAGCCUCUCUCAAAGACUUUGGAAAAAAGAAUCAACCACGGUGAAUUCUCUCAUCAGUAUGAAAAGUUCUCUGGUUGCAGCGAGGACCUCAAACCCCCAAGCCUCAUGAGGAAGAGCCCGUCUCUAGAGUCCGUCAUUAAAUCGCCAGCCUCGUUUGGCAGCCGCACAGCUCCCUUCAGCUUCAACAGAGGCAACAGCAAGCUCAGCGUGGAAAGAAAGGACCCCUUGGCUGCUCUGGCGCGGGAGUAUGGAGGAUCUAAGAGAAACGCUUUACUGAAGUGGUGCCAGAAGAAAACAGAAGGCUAUCCGAAUAUUGAUGUGACCAACUUCAGCAGCAGCUGGAGCGAUGGCUUGGCAUUCUGUGCCCUGCUGCACACUUAUCUGCCUGCCCACAUCCCUUACCAGGAACUCAUCAGUCAAGAUAAGGUCCGGAAUCUGACCCUGGCUUUCCAGGCGGCCGAGAGCAUUGGCAUCAAACCCUCCCUGGACAUGGAGGAGCUGAUGACGACCGACAGACCAGACUGGCAGAGCGUCAUGCAGUACGUUUCUCAGAUCUACAAGUACUUUGAGACCUGACUGGAGGGGAACGAGGUGCCACAGGGCCAUGGUUCGGGGUCACUGCAGCACUUCGGGGUCACCGCUUCAGCACUAGAUACACCUCCUACACGGACCGGACCGGAUCCUGCAAACCCUCUCCUGCUCAAAUUCUCUGUGUUUGAAACAUCACAGUCACACUAAGCUGCAGUUUUCAUCUUUGUGUAGAGGACCGGUUGAAGAAACACAUCGAACACGUGCCAAAUCUUUCGCCAAUAUGCGACUCAAACGAGACGAUCUAUGCAUGGUCACAGUGUCAUGCUCUACGUGGGUGUGCAAUGUGACGUCUCCCACUCUGCUCUGAACCAAUGUGGACACAACUUUCUGAACAUUCAAGUCAAAGUUUGAUCGUUGCUCGUACUGAGUGUUGAACAGACUGCCGUUUGCAGAGCAGGAACUUCAGAGCUGACAGGUUUGAGUUGAACAAACCGUCUGUCCUUCAAUAUUGAAACCAUCGAACACUAGCCGGGUUUGUGACUCUCGUUUUAUCAGGUAUAUUUUUAAAUUAAAACAGACUGACAGAUCUGUAUGUCUGCCAUGUUUACAGCACUAAGGACUGAAACACAACAUUGUUUUGUCCGUUUCCAACCUUCCCAUCAGGACUCACUCAUUAACGGCACUGUAGCUGCUUUGCAACACAUGACUCAAUAUGUUCGGCAUGCCGGGUUACAUGAAGGAGAGGAGUCAGUGUGUACGUGUAUCCGCUGAGGCAUAACACGCUCUCCCUGACUCCGUGGUUUAGACGUUUUGGAAGAUAAGAAGUGUUAUUUAUUUAUUUAGAAGAAAUGCAUCGUGAAAAAGUGAGAACGUGAAUGGAUAUGUUUGCAGUUUUAUAGUUGAGGUGACAGAUUUGUGGGAGAGUUGCUCAAUAAACAGUGAAUGGACUCGA